GAGGGGUGUUAAAUAUGCAGACGAGACUGAAGGUAAACAAGAUGUUGACACGUGGGGGGCUAUAAAGUGGGUAAAAUGGCUUGUUUAAAGCUUACCAACAACUUCGACAAAUGCAAAGUAAAGUCUCGAUGAACUUGGGAGUGCAGAGUGUGACAUAACUAAAUACUCAUAGGCGCACCUUAUCUUAUGGAUAUUUAACCGAGAAGUGGCGUGUCGACUGUUUUCAUGUUGGUUGACUUAUAUAAAUGAGAGAGUUUACAUGCGAGUACAAGUUGGAGUGGAAACCAUGAUCAAGAAAUAUGGACACUGGGUAAUACUUGUUCUUAUACUGUAUGUGAUAACGGUUAUUUACAUGAUUUCAACUUUAAGAUCAGACACUGCGUCAACUCUGGGAAAUUAUUACACAGGUCAAAGGUCGGUGCAAACAGGAGAAAACCGGAAUGCGGACAAGAAAAGUAUCAAUAGUGUAAUUGUAGAAUCGGCGGAGGACGAUUUGUUGAAUCCCAACGUGCGGAGAAACAUUCUCAUUGAGAGAUCAAACAACGAAGACAAACAAAAUGACGACGCACCUUCGUUACUACACAAAGCAGUAACAAAGCAAUCGACAAAUGGAUUAAAGUUGACGAAUGUUUCCUUUAUACCGAUUGGAAAUCGAUUUCAUGUCUAUUCGGCUUAUUUUGAUGACAGACUUCCUGACAGUUAUAUCAGAAUCAUUGGCACUGGGCCUGGAAAUAAACCGAAGCACAAGUCUGGAUUUUGGUGUAUUUACGACCAGCAAAAACAGCGCCUUAAUAGGAAUUCCACAAUGGCAACCGAAAUCCGUCUUUCCGAGACUUGCGAAAAUCACAAGAAAAAUAACUCAUUUUAUAUGCUUUCCUGUUUAGUUCCCAAAAUAAUUGUCAAAGAAUUUCGCAAAAAUGAAAUUUCUCGCGUUUUGAUUGGUGCUGAGAAAAGUCGAUACAAUGGAAUCACCAUGGCGGUCGUGAACAAUUCACCUUUUCGCGCGAAAAAUAAAACGAUGUCGACAUUUUCUAUGUGCGUGCCUUCCUUAUAUGGAUAUCCGAAACCAUUACAUUUUGUGGAAUUCAUUGAAUUAUCUCGACAACUGGGAGUCGAACAUUUUGUUUUUUACACGCAAAGUAUAACUCACGAAAUGAUAAAUAUUCUUAAAUUUUACGAAACCGAGGGCAUUGUGACGAUUCUACCUUGGAAUAUACCAAAGCCGGACGAUAUUUGGAACUACGGGCAAUCAGCAGCUGUAGCCGACUGUCUGUACAGAACUAUGUUCAAAUCCAAAAUUGUAUCUUUUAAUGACGUUGACGAAUUUAUUAUACCCCGCCAUCUUAAGUCAUGGGACACCAUGCUCGUUUAUUUAGAAAAACAAAAUCUUCGUAGAACUAAAAAUGUGGCCGCUUAUAAAUUCAAGAGUGUCUUUUUUCACGGAAAUAGCGAGUAUCUAACAUCUGAACGCCGCAUGUUUAAAACGUUAAACAAUAUAUUAAGAACUUCAGAAGAAAGUGCUAUCCGAACCAAAAUGUGGGUGUAUCCGGAAACUGUGUUCGAGUUAGGAAUACACCAUCUGAGUCAAGCCAUAAAAUCUGACCUCGAAACAAUUGAUGUCGAUUCUGAAAUGGCUCUGGUGCAUCAUUAUCGGCGUUGCGACGAUGUGUAUGACAUGAAGUGUGGGAAUUUUAUAGACGACUACACCGCUCAGCGCUACGGAGAAAUUUUAAUAUACAAUACCCGUAAUGUGUUACGCCGUGUGAAAAAGGAUUUAUAAAACCCGUUCGUCUAAAUGUAAUAAAUAUAUAUACAAGAGGA